GAUGUGCACCCACUUAUGUUAGACUCACGUGAGUUGAUAUUUUACAUAUUGUUUCGUGUUCGUGGUGUACUCGCUUCGUCAACCAGGAAGGACAAUUUUGGUUUGUGAGAGAUACCGCUUAGUUGUCAACAAAACCACGUUUUUUAACUUUGGAAAAAUGUAAAUAUGACAAAAAGAAAAGAUAAUAAAGUAAUUGCCAGUCCUCAAAAUCAAAACGCCGCUUAUGCGAAUGUAGCGUACGGAUCUCCACCGGAUGUGAACCUUGCUCCAGCGGGGACAACGAAUGUGUACGAGAGUUUAAGAAUUUCUCAGCCAAUCGAGAGAGGAACUACACCUUCCAAAGAGUCAACAAAUCCACAAAAGUCUCAGGUCAUCAGGCGGCUGCUCAUAGCAUUGGUGAUAGUAGGAAUAUUAUGUGCUGCACUGGUUGCUAUUGUUGUUUGGUCACUUGCCUUAAACCCUAAGGGAAUAGGCCAAGAACAAGAUCUGAAUAAUGAGAGUUUGGUUUCAUCAAGGAAAGCUUCAAAUUUGACCGAUCAUUGCUUAAGCAAACCAUGCAGAAAUGGUGCCACGUGUGUGACCUCGGUGGCCUCGUUCCAAUGUUUUUGUUCUUCCGGUUACCAAGGCACAUAUUGUGAAAACGAUAUAGAUGAAUGCUUGAAUAGCCCAUGUGCCAUGGGCGCCACUUGUCGAAACAGUUAUGGUGGAUUUCACUGCAGUUGCUCACGUGGUUUUACUGGAACGUACUGCCAGCUAGAAAUCAGUGAAUGUUCCAGUCGUCCUUGCCAGAAUGGUGGGACAUGUGUUGACAUGGUGAAUUCUUAUCAAUGUUUGUGUUCUGCCGGGUACUACGGGACAAACUGCCAAGAAGUAGAUCACUGUCGCAGCCGACCAUGUCAGAAUGGUGCCAUUUGUAGGAAUGCAACUUUCACGUAUUCCUGCAGCUGUCCUUCCAGAUAUACAGGCAAGAAUUGUGAAUCAGCUUUAGUGUCCAGUCACACGUACCGUCUUGUUGGAAUAAAUAUCGGUGGUGCAUACGGUGGAAGAGUUGAAGUGUAUUAUAAUGGAGUGUGGGGAACUGUUUGUGAUGACGGCUGGGGUAACACAGAUGCCAAAGUUUUCUGCAAGUCCUUAGGUCUUUCCUAUUCCAGAGCACUUGGCAUACAAAAUGCGUAUUUUGGGCCAGGCAAAGGAAAAAUUUGGUUGGACGACAUCGCCUGCAAAGGAUCCGAAUCCAACAUUGGAUCGUGUAGACACAGCGGCUGGGGAAAUGAAAACUGUGUUCACGGUGAAGACGCUGGCGUUCUUUGUGUUUGAUGAUGCAUCUUAGAACGAAUUAUUUAGAAACUCAUUCAGCUUAGUCAGUCGUCUACUGAACCUUAUACAGGGGCCGGGGAGAGAAAAGUACCAUAUAUAGUGACACAAUAUUACUUUCACAGAUGAUUAUUUAAUCUUUUUUUUUUUUUUGUAAUUUGUUGAUAUUUGCGCAUGUCAACAAAAUAAACGUCAUCACAGUUUUACAGACCGGUGUUUCACUUUACACGUACAAUGUUAUAUCACUGUUGAAAUGUUGUAGUACAGACUACACGUGACCUUAUAAUGGACACCAUAUCCUUCGGGACAUUAAUACAGUAGGCUAUAUUGGUCCAGCCUUGGUAGACACUCUGGAUUAGAGAGUGAAUAUUAUGUUUCAUCCGAUAGCGCGAUUUCACAUAAGAGGAAAAAUUGAUAAUUCUAAUAUUGUAAAUGCAAAGCAAUAAUCAAAUGGUCAGACGUUGUGACCGGUGCCAUUAAUCUUCAACAAGGAAAUUAAUUUCAAUGACCCACUAAGCUUGUCAAAUGGAGAGAUAAGAAAUCACAGAUCUUCGUGGUUCAGUGAUGCGUUCUCCAACUCUCUCCCCGGUGGUUUCGGUGCCCCCUGUAACCAGUUACCUGACCAGCACAUUUUUUUUAAAUUCUUCUUUUUAAGGCGUCUCACCGCGGCUCCUCCAAGUAUACUUUAGUAAACCUGUUAUUGUCUGGAAUGAGAAAUAAUAUUCAAUCACAGAUUGUUGACUGAUAUUUAGUUUUUGAGACAGUUUGAAAAAGCAUUGAAAGUUUUGUGGUAAGUGUUUUCAAUUCGUAUUAUUAUCUUAGUAGUUUUUAGUUAAGUUUAGAGUAAAAUUGCAUCCUUUUGGUAUAGCAUAGGGCUAUAUCUUAAGCAGUGCACAUAAUUGUCAACUGCGUUGAUAUAUUUGUAGUGGAAAGCUAUUUAUAAUGAAUUCAUUAUGUCUUCCAAGUUAUAGUUUAAAAUGUACCUAUAAGUAUUUGGUUAAGGGGAAACUCUUGAAAAUUUCGGAAAAUACUAUUUACCUACACCUACAUAGAAACUACUAUAAUGAGUGUUUUUUUUCGAUUUCAAUAAAUUCUAAAGAAAAAUAUUAAACCGACGCUGAUGUUGUUUUUAUUAUGUUUGACUGAAGUAUCGUAUUUCAAAUUUGUUUUCUAUGGUUCUUGACUUGUCAACCGAUUAAAGUGACAAGCGACCCUGUAUCAGUGUGUAUGACGUAACGCCAAUGAGGCCAUGAAAUAGCAAUAAAUGGA